UGUGAUUCUUCUCCCCUCCCGAGCCCUUCAGUGGGGGUGCGAGUUUGUGUGUGUGUCCCCCCCCCCCCCAGCCCCAACCCACUGCCUUCUUUUCUUCUCGCUCUCCUCCUCCUCCCGCGCUCGCCGCGCUCCUCUCGCUCCUUCGUUUUAUUUAUUCAUAUUUAUUUGGCGUCCGGUCUCUUCUUUCUGCCCCUCUCCCUCCCUCCCUCUGGAUCCCCGCUCUCUCCCCGGAGUGGCGCGUCGGGGGCUCCGCCGCUGGCCAGGCGUGAUGUUGCACGUGGAGAUGUUGACGCUGCUGUUUCUGGUGCUCUGGAUGUGUGUGUUCAGCCAGGACCCGGGCUCCAAAGUCGUCGCCGACCGCUACGCUGUCUACUGGAACAGCAGCAACCCCAGAUUCCAGAGGGGUGACUACCACAUUGACGUCUGUAUCAAUGACUACCUGGAUGUUUUCUGCCCUCACUAUGAGGACUCUGUCCCGGAAGAUAAGACUGAACGCUAUGUCCUCUACAUGGUGAACUUUGAUGGCUACAGUGCCUGCGACCAUACUUCCAAAGGGUUCAAGAGAUGGGAAUGUAACCGGCCUCACUCUCCGAACGGACCACUGAAGUUCUCUGAAAAAUUCCAGCUCUUCACUCCCUUUUCUCUAGGAUUUGAAUUCAGGCCAGGCCGAGAGUAUUUCUACAUCUCCUCUGCAAUCCCAGACAAUGGAAGAAGGUCCUGCCUAAAACUCAAAGUCUUCGUGAGACCAACAAAUAGCUGUAUGAAAACUAUAGGUGUUCAUGACCGUGUUUUCGAUGUUAACGACAAAGUAGAAAAUUCAUUAGAACCAGCAGAUGACACCGUACAUGAGUCAGCCGAGCCAUCCCGCGGCGAGAACGCGGCACAAACACCAAGGAUACCCAGCCGCCUUUUGGCAAUCCUGCUCUUGCUCCUGGCGAUGCUUUUGACAUUAUAGCACAGUCUCCUCUCGUCACCUGUCACAGAAAACAUCAGGGUCUUGGAACACCAGAGAUCCACCUAACUGCUCAUCCCAAGAAGGGACUUGUUAUAGGGUUUUGGCAGAUGUCAGAUUUUUUUUUGUUUUUGUUUUCUUUCCUCCAGCCUGAUUUCUAAGCAACAACCUGGGGUUGUUGGGGGCUAAACUAGUCACUGCCCUCCUUCGCCCCGCCCCACCCCCAGCCCUGGUCCUUGACUUCUCUCACCCCUUCCAAAUUAAAUGGACUCCAGAUGAAAAUGCCAAAUUGUCGUAGUGGGGCUUCACCCCCUGUGCGUUCUCCUCCAGAACUCACCUCUGUAAGCUCAGGGUGUCGACGACGGUAUGCAGAUAAGGAAGAAUUGUGGCAGAUGCUGCCAGCCAUGGCCUGGCCGAGAGGGUGUCCCUCUCCUACAGUACUUAUGCCUUCUCAUUAAGGACAGGAAGGUGAUUGUGUGGAGCAUUAUGUUGGCAUGUCAGGUCCAGAGGGGCAGAAUUAAGCCGAGACAUAUUAUUGCACCAUAUCAUCUAGGACUGUAGGAAUGAGCAGGCUUCUCAAAGGUUCAGAUACUAGUUUUUGUUUUAUCAGAUACGACUGUCUUAAAGCGUUCUUGCCAGCAAAACGUGUGCUGUGUCGAAGAAGCUUUUUUUUCUCCCAGAAGGAGGGUUGGAUGCAGGGAUGUUAAUGCAGAAGAAGUGUAUAUUGAGAAAACUAUCUGUUGCUGGGGGUGUGAGUGCCUCUAACUUUUUAGUGACUGGGCAGUGCACACCUGAUUUUUUUUUCCUUUGAAUACAGAUCACCAUGGUGCUACAACUUUUCUUUUUCUUUUUAGGAGCUCAAAGAGGCAUUUUUAUGAAUAAAGUGACCUUCCCCGAGGCUGACAAGCCAGGGUUGAUGAGUAGAGAGUGGAAUAGCUUUGGCUGCUCCCCUGGGGACAAUGUGUAGAAAGAAAAGAAGUCCUGUGGCCAGAGGAGAUGCGAUUUGGCUUUGCUGGAGCUCCCAUGUGCUGUGGCCUUGCCCCAACUCCCACCCCGAUGCCCACGUUCUGCUCCAUGCUCCAUGAUCACAGGGGACUCAGACACAAACCCUGUCACCAGGAGAGUCAGUCAGCACUACUUGGGAGGGCUAAAGGGAAAUUUGGAAUAAAAAUUCCAAAGUUUGGAAUAAAAAUUCAAGCAUUGAUUUUUUAUAUUCUUUCCCUUUCUGACACAGCCUAAAGCGUAGGGGGAAACAUGUGUUUAUCUAUGGGAGAUAAACAAGAUGGAGUCCCAAAGACUUUGACAAAAUAUUUUUUUAAAAAUCCACUAGAAUAGAAAAUACAUUAUUUAGAUAUACUUUAUGCUGAGAGUGAGUAUAUAUGCUUGUCCUAUUUAAACUUGUGAGAAAAAGUGGUAUCCCUUGAUACAUUUAGAAACAUGGGGGGUUAUCUUGUUUCAUAGUAGGGUUGGGGCAGAAGGAGAAUGGACACAGGAUGACCCUGUUUAAAGAACCUUAGCAUGGCCAAGGAGGUGGUCCCAGCUGAUGACCAGGAAACAUGAGCUGUGGGGUUUCUCCUGGUGGGGUGUCAUGAACUCUAAAUCCCAAAACCUAGACAGGGAAAAGUGUCAGCCCAAUAGAAAGGUGAUCUAGCCUUGUUUUGCUAUUGCACGACAUCAAUAGAAACCAUGCCUUUGUAAACAAGCAAGUCAGUAAAUGCAAUGAUCAUGUAAUGUGGAAAAUUGAAAGCAUUCCAGAAAAAAAAAAGGAUUUUUUAUAUAUUCGUUUUUAAGAUGUAUAUGAAAAAAAAAAAGGAGUUCACAUUAUAGAUGGACUUCAUGAAUCGGAAAUUGCUUAGAAUUGUGAGUAGUUUCAAAUUAGAAAAAUAUGUGAAUGGAAGGCAGCUGUGAACGUACUGCACCCUAGAGAGUUGUACACACAUUGGAAUGUGAGCUGGCCUUACCUGGUCCCUUUGGAGUGGAGACAGCUGGAGUCUGCUCUUGCUUGAACCAUCUGAGUGGGGUUGCCAGCCUCAAAGAUAUUGUCAGUUUCUUUCUCCACCAUCUAAGACUUCUCUGGAGUGGCCGAGUCUCAUCACAGAAGGCACCCACCGUUUCACUGAAACAAAACUUCAAAGCAUUGGAUUCCUUUACCUUUAUUUAUAUGCUCGACACUCUCAGUAAUAUCCAGAUAUCUUCUGUUUAUUAAUAGUUACAGGUUUGUGGGUUAGUGGGGUUUCAGUAAGGGGACAAAAAUCCCUUCUAAGAUGGAUCGAUAGGACCAAAAAAAUAAUGCAUGUACUACAACCAAGGAAACCAAGUGAUCCUGUAAUAAUUCCAGUUAGUCCUAAGGACAUUAGCAGUUCUAAUGUCAUUUUAGAAAUGGUGAAUUCUGUGGUUCUUCUAGCAUUUGUCUCUAACAAAAUGAUGAAAUAAUUACUCAUGGCCCUCUCUGCCACUGUCUUUCAUCUUUCACUGUGCAAUUAGACCCUUUUACGUCACUGUCAUGCCGCCACAGAUUAAGUUUUAAAAAAAAAAAAAAAAGCAGAACUAUCCACACCAGUAGACAAUAUGCUUUUCUACCUGUAAGUGACAUAAUCAUAGCUAACACACUUGUGUGGCGUUUUCAAGACGAUUGGUGCCAGGCAGUUUUUAUCUUGUCCAAAAAGCGCUGGUGGCCUUUGGUGGUGGUGUUAUAAUCCUCUGUGGACUUAGGAUGUCUGUGCAUCUUGGUAGUGGGUUUAAUUUUAAAAACAAUUCAAGAGCAUGAAGGGAAGCCUUGGAGCCCCUCAGCCCCAGUUGGUCAAACCCCAGCGACCUUUGCCCUUGGUUGCCAAGGCCUUUGCAAAGUGAAGCAGGGAAUAAAGAUCUGUCUGUUUAGUGGAUACUGUGUAUCCUUUAAUAGACCAGGUAACAGUCCGUGGUAGUUUUAGACUAUUGUUUUGUACUGUACUUUCUUGGGUGGCAGAGGAAAGAAAAGUUACAAUGUUGAAAAAAAAAAAACAACAAAAAACAAAAAAAAAAACAA